AGAAGAAACCAGUCUUUUGUCCAAUCAGAGGUUACGUCGUUACGUACACCGCGCAGGCGCUGUAGAGCCGAAAUUUCAUGUGUUGUACGUCGUGUCCGGUGGAGGUCAUACACAACUGCGUAAUACUGAGGUUGCUGUCAUGGCCAAGCUGUUUGAGUCGAUUGGGAAGUUGGGGCUGGCCCUCGCCGUUGGUGGAGGUGUUGUGAACUCUGCUCUUUUCAAUGUUGAUGCAGGGCACCAGGCUGUGAUAUUCGACCGCUUCAGAGGAGUGCAAGAUAUUGUCGUUGGUGAAGGGACCCACUUCCUCAUUCCCUGGGUACAGAAACCUAUCAUCUUUGAUUGUCGCUCCCGUCCACGCAACGUGCCUGUCAUCACAGGCAGCAAAGAUCUGCAGAAUGUAAACAUCACGUUGCGUAUCCUCUUCCGGCCGGUGACCAACCAGUUGCCACGUAUCUUCACCAGUAUCGGUGAGGACUACGAUGAAAGGGUGCUGCCAUCCAUCACCACAGAGGUCUUGAAGGCUGUAGUGGCUCGUUUUGAUGCUGGCGAGCUCAUCACCCAGAGAGAACUUGUAUCUCGGCAGGUUAGCGAGGACCUUAACGAAAGAGCCUCCACCUUCGGCCUCAUCUUGGAUGAUGUUUCACUGACACAUCUGACCUUUGGCAAGGAGUUCACAGAGGCUGUUGAGAUGAAGCAGGUCGCCCAGCAGGAGGCUGAGAGGGCCCGUUUCAUUGUAGAAAAGGCUGAGCAACAGAAACAGGCAGCCAUCAUCUCAGCGGAGGGAGAUUCCCAGGCUGCCUUGCUCAUCGCCAACUCCCUGAUGGAGGCUGGUGAUGGUCUGGUAGAGCUUCGUAAGCUGGAGGCAGCCGAGGACAUCGCUUUCCAGCUCGCACGCUCCCGCAACGUCACUUAUCUGCCCUCAGGACAGGGCACAUUGCUACAGUUGCCACAGUGAUAAAAUCUCACCUCGUGCCCAUCCGGCUCUCGCUGUCACCUGCCUUCACAGGGGCUGUGGAAGGGGUGGUUGGAGGAUUCAAUAAAGGACUUCUAACUUCACACACAUUUCCUCCACUCUUUCUAGUACCAUUUGUGGACUGGGCUCUUCUGACAGCAGCAUGGUGGGAGACACAGUGAGAGGUCUACAAUGGAUACAUUUAUGAAGUCCACCAGUGUGCGAAGAAGAAGUGGAGGGAAACAUAAAUAUAUAUAUAGCUCUUUGUUUUGAAAUUAAUUAAAGAUGCAGUAAAUUCUCCUAAAGUAUGUCUUUGCUACAUCGUAGCUCUGCAUGUAAUGAAAGCAACAGAUUGAUUUUCUUUAUCAAAGGAAAUUCGAGGGAUUCCUCUUAAGACAAAGAUGAUUAUAGUCGGUGAUGACUGCCAUCACUCAGCUUCUGUGGUUGGCCUGAGCAGUCUGACCAAAUCGUGUUAUUACAUAUAUUCAAUCUGCAAUGAUAGGCUGUCUUUUGGAUUCAAUGAUGUAACUGACUAAAGAUGGUUGAUUCAUUUGACUCUGACUCUCUGUGUUCUGAAGGAUUAAAUUGUUGAAAAAUCUGCUGUCCAGCUAAUAAUUUCUCUAUUACCACCCCUGAUCAGUAGGAACGUGCCUGUCUGAUAGUACAGGAUGUUCCUUCAUAAUUUACAGUUGUCGCUGUGUCUUUAGUGUGUGUGGAGCAACUGUAAGCCCCGUGUUUCAGAAAUGGCUCAACUCAAUAAAAAAAGCUGCCUUUCUAA